UCAAGCCUCCCUUGACCAUCCCCAACCUGGCAACAUGGGGGAGAAACGGGCGCACUCCUUCCACAUGACAUGUCACGUGCAGCGCGACUAUGGCAGCAGGAUGGGGAGCUCCUUCAUAAGUUGCAGUCCCAAUGGAUAUGCCAGCAACAGCCUCAGCUUCGACCAGGAGAUGGACGCUGACCUCGCAGCCAUGACGGGCACAACUGCUGAACGGGCUCCUGAACCCGGCAGAAGCCACUUCUCUCCUGUUUCACUGGAAAUGGACCCCACAGCGGUGAAUAAUGGAGCAGACACAAAGGACCCAGCGUUGCAGAUGAUAAACAACCUACCCUCGACCACCUCCAUCCCACUACCGCUCCCUCGUUCGAGCUGGAUGCAUCAUCACCAAAAGCAUUUCCCGAGCCCGUACAUCAAUACUAGCAUGCAGGGGGAUGUUUACAACUUCCUAGAGAGACCUGCUGGACUGAAAUGCUUCCUCUACCACUUCCUUGUCUUCGUCAUGGUCCUGGUGUGUCUCAUCUUCAGUGUCUUGUCAACUAUAGAGCAAUACGCAGACUUCGCCACUGGAAGCCUCUUCUGGAUGGAGAUCGUGCUGGUGCUGUUCUUUGGAACGGAGUAUGUGGUGCGGCUGUGGUCGGCAGGCUGUCGCAACAAAUAUUCAGGCAUCAAAGGACGCCUCCACUUUAUCAGGAAGCCCAUAUCAAUCAUAGAUUUGAUAGUGGUCAUUGCCUCGAUCAUUGUGCUCGGUGUCGGGUCCAAUGGCCAAGUCUUUGCUACGUCUGCCAUCAGGGGCAUCCGGUUCCUCCAGAUCCUGCGCAUGCUGCACGUGGAUCGGCAGGGGGGAACAUGGAGGCUCCUGGGAUCUGUAGUCUUCAUUCAUCGACAGGAGCUGAUCACGACUCUGUACAUCGGAUUCCUGGGCCUGAUCUUUUCGUCCUACUUUGUCUACUUGGCGGAGAAGGACGCUGUGGAUGAGGAGGGCAAGACGGGCUUCUCCAGCUACGCUGAUGCCCUGUGGUGGGGCGUGGUGACUGUCACCACCAUUGGCUAUGGAGACAAAAUUCCUCAAACAUGGGUCGGCAAGGCCAUUGCCUCCUGCUUCAGCGUCUUCGCCAUCUCCUUCUUCGCUCUGCCGGCUGGUAUCUUGGGCUCAGGUUUUGCUCUAAAGGUUCAACAGAAGCAGAGACAGAAGCAUUUCAAUAGACAGAUUCCUGCUGCAGCCUGUCUCAUUCAGACGCUGUGGAGGUGUUAUGCAGCAGAGAAACCAUUCGGCUGUGCUACUACAUGGAAAAUGUACGUCCUGACUCCACAGGCUGUCACCAAAGUGGAAUCUGACAACUCCAGUCCUAACAUUAGGAAACUGCACCUAUCGAAAAGGGGGACCAAGAGGAGGCUGAAGUCCAGGGGUAAUAGUUCAAUGCGUGAAGCAUCAGAGAGAGCCAUAUCCAUCCCCCGGAUCACCUACGAUCACAUCGAUGACUCAGAGGGGAAGAAAGAUGCCACCUUUUUCUUGGAAGAGCCGAGGGAGAAUGCUGAAGGAAUCAACAGGAUGCUCAGACAAACAGGCCCUCAUCAUCAUUCUUGGUCGUCAUUUGCUCAGAGCUGUCCUGCCUCUCCAGUGAGGAGGAAUCACGACAACAACACCUCCAUCGACAUCUCCCGCACCAGCAGCAUAACCGAUGAGCUCGACUACAUGAGUGAGGACGUUCCCCUGCCAGUGGUGUCGGACAAAACCCAGUUGUCCCAUGCCCAGAGGUCAGCAGUCAAAGUCCUCCGCAGGAUGCAGUACUUUGUGGCCAGGAGGAAAUUUCAGCAAGCCCGGAAACCCUACGAUGUGCGGGACGUGAUGGAGCAGUACUCCCAGGGUCACCUCAACAUGAUGGUCCGCAUCAAGGAGCUACAGAGAAGACUGGACGGCACUCUGGGAAAACCAGGAAUGUUUCUUCCAGGAAAAGGGGAUGAUAAAGAAUACCCGACCGUUGGAGCAAGACUGAUCAGGCUAGAAGAUAAGGUUCAUCAGAUGGACCAGAAAAUGGACUCAGUCCUGCGGAUUCUAAAGGAGCAGUUCUCGCCCAAACCGGAGCUGAGGUCCAAGCCCUCCAUCCGCAGGGUGACCAUCCAGAAGUGCAUGGGUGCCAGCAUCGAUGACGGGCCAUGAAGUCAUGGAGACGGCACGCUGCUGGGCAUGAUGAUGUCAUCACCAAAGGACAAUUACAAAGGGCACUAGGACACAUACACAGCCUGGCCUCCAAUACAGGGGGCUAUCGCAAAAAUUUAAUUUUCCGAACUCCAUUCACGUUUUUUUCGAAAACUCCAAGGCCUUCGACCCCUAUGAAGAGAACAACUUGAUUCAUAGAACCACAGAGAGAGGUUUUGUAAGACAGUUGACUUUCUGAUGAUUAGAGGCCUGGAAGGGUCUCUCUUUUCUACAUGCACCUCCUGCACCUGCAUUGUGGGCCCUCUGUCUCUUUCCGUGCAGCGACAUGCCACAUGAAUUUAUUUCACUGCAUUAGCCUCAUAAUCACACUACUCAGAUGAUGUUAAUUUAUAUGUGGCCUGUCACUGAGCUGCAUUCCUGCACUCCAAAUAUUAUUCCAAAGCUAACUAACCCAGUAAUGAAGCCGUAAUGCAAUCAAAGCACCCGAGUUCCCCAAAGACACAGAGAAAAACCCAGAAUCCAGCCAUGGCAGAGGCAUUCCUCAAAUCCGUCUGAUUAUCUUGGCACCGUCCACACCAAGUACACAACAGGGUUAUUUCUAUAGCCACAUAUCCAUCUAGCCUAACUGAACUUAGACUGCGGCGGCUGUUUGUUAGUAGUGAUCAAAUAACCCGAGGAGGGAAAGGCAGAUUAUCUGUUGACUUUGCCUGCGUUACAGGGACCGGAAGGCUGGAGUAAAAAGAAAUGGAACUGAAUAAAUGUGUGCGGGGUGGUUAACGCCUUGCUGAUUUACAGCUACGUUUGGGCUAAUAAAAAUAACCAAACGGCCAUGACAGGGCCUGGUGCUGUGCUACAGAAAUACAGUCAGAAGUUAUGGCACGGCCUCUGUUUGCUCAAAGUUUUCACCGGGAGACUGCAAAUGCAUCUCGAUCUCAGGCUGCACCAGGAGCAGGCUUAAUAUGCUCUAUUACCCAUUUCGGGGGGUGGGGGGGGCUCACUCUGCUGUGUGCAAUUUGAAAUAAAUUUGCUCCCAUUAGACCUCUGAUUAUUUAUUUUUCUCUUCUGAGCUAAUGAAGUGCUGAAUUCCUGGUAAGGGGAGAUCAGUCACUGGGAGCUUCUAAUGAAAGGAAACACUGGAAAAUGUGCAGAAUUCAAGCUCCGAGGAGCGGGCGCACCGAUUCUGUGCGAAACGUUUGGGAAAUAUCAGGCUACCGCUGAGAGCCCACAUUUCGGAUAAAAAGACAAUACGCUCACUGUGCUCCCGUAUUCAUUGUAUUUAUCUGACUGGACACGGAGGCAUGUAGGAAAUAGAAAAUAGAAAAUAACAUAACUAUGUAGCUACUGUUUGAAAGGCCUCCCGUAAUUAUAGCAUUCACAUUCCUAAAAAGUCAGAUGCACACACAAAAGAGGGAUGAACCAAUGGACGGGGAGAGGAGAGAAUGAUUCUCUUCACCAGCAUGUUUUUUCAUUUUUUGCUGUGAUUGAAUAUUAUUUAUCUUCCAUGAAAUUAAUUUUGAAUAAACUCUAAUGUUGUGACAGACCUUGACACCUAUCUGCCUGUCUGAUCUGCUGUACAGUUUUAUAAGAGAUGUAAAUAGAAACAUUGCCUUAUUGUACUGUAUUUAUUAUCAUCCUGGACCAUGUCUGCUUGUCGGUGUGAUGAGAAACACAGGCCGAGGCUCCCGUUGUACAGAUGGAUGGAAAUGAUUGUAAAUGAUAUUCACGCAUACCCUCUGCAAUGUGGCUCUGCUGUAAAUAAUA